AUGACGGAAGAAGAAGCGGUAAACCGGGUAAUACAAAAUUUGCAGCAUCGGGGUCAAUUGGCAGAGGACAUCCAAACCCACAACGUGGAAGUGGAUAAAGUUUCCAUCAGGAUCCCACCAUUCUGGCACGCAAAGCCAGAACUGUGGAUGGCGCAGGUCGAGUCACAAUUCAUCGCUGCAGGUAUAACGAGCGGCAAAACAUAUGGACUAUACACCACGCUAAAGAAUCGAACAAUACCACAAUUCGCGGACUCGGAGCAAAAACGUGUAAAAAAGCUACUGCAGGAACAAGAGCUCAGUGAUAUGCGUCCAUCACAGCUCUUGCGCGAAAUCCGAAGUCUAGCCGGCAGCGAGAUCAACGAUAAUAUACUAAAGUCCAUUUGGAUGAGUCGGUUACCUUCCAACAUGCGACUAAUAAUUUCCAUUAGCAACGAACCGCUCGACACAGUUGCCCUGCUCGCGGACAAAAUAUGUGAGGUUAGUGACACCCCACACGUACACGUGGUCGAAACUCCAGAUACAGCAACACGAAAUCAAUCCAGCAUCGGGCAGCAGCUAGCCGAAAUCACGAAAGGGAUAGCAUCUAUAAAGGCGAACAUAAAUCGUUGGUCUAGAAGUCGCAGCAGAAGCCGUUCUCAGUCACGUUCCGGUAUGCAAAACAACAUUUCGAAUGGCUUGUGCUGGUACCAUCACAAAUUUGGUAACGUUGCUAAAAAAUGUCGCAGCCCUUGCGCAAAAAAGUUAAACUAA